UCUUCCUGGGUCCCAAGCCAGUGUAUGCCGGAGGUGAGGGCUGCGGGUGUGUGUCUUGGAGGAGCCCAGUGAGCGCAGCGGCCGAGAGAAGGGGAUACUGAGAACUUGGGGGAGAUGCUGUGGGAGUAGAACGAGUGACGCGGGCAGAGCCAGCCUGCAGAAUGUGUGUGUGUGUGUGUGUGUGUGUGGACGUCCGGCUCGGACAGGUGCGGAUGGAAAGUUGCCCCCCCACCCCUGUAUGUGCAUAUGUUCCGUGGGAUGUGGGCACUGUUAGCAAUGUCCUUUCAGCGUGCACCAACUAUGUGUCAGAUCCCAACUCUCAGGUUGGAAGUUUGGAGCCUUCCUCCGCUCCUCCUGUAUCUUAUUCCCGUAAUAGGUGCUUAAUAAACGUGGGUGGAAUUGACACUAAAUCUAGGGUGCCGCCCACCCCAGUCCCUCCCUCUUUCCCAGAAAGCGCGUGAGAUUGUCUCAUUUAGCUCCCUACCCUAGACCUCCGCGUAAGAUCACGGGACCUUUGUGGAAGAGGUAGGAUUUGAUGUGAAAAAAAAAAAAAAAAAAUAAGAAAGAAGUAGCGAUGGGUUAGGUAGAUUUGAGAAGGAGAUGCUUUUUAUGAGAGGGAAGUGUCGAGGAAUAGUGGGAGACAAGGGUAGGGAAAAGUACACUGGGGUCAGGGACAUAGAGGAUCAGGACAAGACUAAGGUUAGCAGGGUGGAUUGUAUGGGACCGAUCGGGGAGUGACAGGAAUAAAACUAUUUGAGUACAGUUAUUCUAGAGGUCACAUCCAGGACUAGAGAGGGGAAGGGACUAGUGCGGAGAGCCAGUUAGGAAUACUUGGUGGAGGUCGUGGUCCUGAAGCAAGCUUUUGUGCACCUGAAUUACGAUGGUGUCAGUGGUGCGGAAGAUACAAAUGACGUUGCAAAAGAGGAAUCAAAAGGACCUGGUGACUGACUAGAUUUGGGAGGAACAGAGCUAGGUAAGAGUUUGAAUUUGGGGCACCUGGGAGAAUAAUAGAACAUCUGCUAGAAAUGUAAGGGCAGGGAGAGGAGUUGAUGUGGGGAAUUGCAUAGGGGAAGAUGGUUUUAAGAUGCUGACAGAAUGCCUAAUUCAGAAUUCUUAGCCAUUUGGACAUGCGGGAUGAGUUUGGAAGAGGGAUUGGGAAUAGACUCAGGAAGCAUUUCUGUAGAGGUGGAAAAUGGAGCGCCAGAUGUGGACAGACUUUUUACAGGAUAGCAAGAAGAACACUACACAGUCUGAGCCUUGGGCAGUAUCACAGACUUGUCAAAACAGUCAAAAAGCUGCAGAGAAAUAAGGAGAAAAGGACUAUUGGAAUUAGAGUUCAGAAAUGCGUUGGCAGUUUUCAAGCAUGCAGUUUCAGGUGUAUGUGGGGUGGCAAGAGCAGAAUAAUGGAUUCAAGAAGAGUAGGUGGUGAUGGUGUGGAGUCAGUAGGUAUGUAGAAGAAGUUUGAUCAUGAAAGGAGAACCUAAAUGAGUAUUGUUUUGCCAGGGGGAGGCUGUGGGAUUCAGUGAAGAUAAUUUCACAACGAGGAGUACUGUAUCUGAUAUGUGAAGAAGCUCCUGGAGAGAUGGGAGAUGCUGGAGAAAAGACGAGUGGGUUAUGCAGGAAGCAGAUUCUGAGAGGGAACAGUGGUGGAAAAGAAAAUAGGACAGAUGCAGGCCACUAAGGACCCAACGGUAAUAUUUUGAGACCCUCGUGGGGAUGGAGGAAUCUUGACAGACCAACAAAGAAAAGACUACAUACUGUCUUAGACAGCACAAGUGGGAGGUUCCUGGUUGCCAGCUGAUGGUGUAUAUUUGUGUCCAUUUGUACAUGUAUUACUGGGCCUCCUAGCAAGAUUCAAACACCAAUCUCCCCUCAGGACUCGGCUCUUCUCUGCAAGGAAGGGAAUGGCUGCUGUAUCUCCGACUGCUAGAUGCCAGGACCCAGUGACAUUUGAGGACGUGGCCGUGAUCUUCACAGAUGAAGAGUGGAGGCAUCUCAUCCCUACUCAGAGGGACCUCUACAGGGAGGUGAUGCUGGAGAACUAUAAGAGCAUUGUCUCACUGGGACUUCCAGUUCCUGGACCUGAUGUGAUUUUUCAGUUGAAGAGAGGGGGUGAGCCUUGGAUAGUGGAUCUUCAUGGAUCUGAGGGGAGAGAAUGUGCAGAGAAUGUCUCUCAAGACUGGGAGACAAAGCCUGAGAUUCAAGAUGCUUCAGAAGAAGAAAAAUCAGAAGGAACAUUGAGGGAAAAGUGUGGAAGGAAAGGUCCUCCAUCUCCUAAACUUGAAAUUCAUGCAUUGGAUGGUGGGUUGGGAACAGAGAGGCAAAGCCCUGCAGUGGAGGCCUGUGAGAAAUCCCUUUCUCAGGAGGAAAGCUUGCGGUAUGGGGCAACCCCUCCCAAGAAAAUUCUCACUAAAGAGAGAGACCAGGAAUGCAGUGACUGUGGAAAGGCCUUUUUUGACCACUCCUCCCUUAUCCGCCAUCAGAGAACUCACACUGGAGAGAAGCCCUAUGACUGUCCUGAGUGCAAGAAAGCCUUCAGUCACAGGAGUAGUCUCAGUAGACAUCUGAUGUCGCACACUGGGGAGAGCCCCUAUGAGUGCAGUGCCUGUGGGAAAGCCUUUUUCGACCGUUCAUCCCUAACUGUACAUCAGCGAAUUCAUACCGGAGAGAAGCCUUUUAAAUGCAAUGAGUGUGGAAAAGCCUUCUUUGACCGCUCAUCCCUUACUCGGCACCAGAGAAUUCAUACUGGAGAAAGUCCUUAUGAAUGUAAUCAGUGUGGGAAAGCCUUUAGCCAGAAAAGUAUUCUUACUCGACAUCAGCUAAUCCAUACGGGCAGGAAGCCGUAUGAAUGUAACGAGUGUGGGAAAGCCUUCUACGGUGUCUCAUCGCUGAAUAGACAUCAGAAAGCCCACGCUGGAGAGCCUCGCUAUCAGUGCAGCGAGUGCGGGAAAGCUUUCUUUGACCGCUCCUCCCUUACUCAACAUCAGAAGAUUCACACUGGAGACAAGCCAUAUGAAUGCAGUGAAUGUGGGAAAGCCUUUAGCCAGAGGUGCCGGCUUACACGACACCAGAGGGUUCACACAGGAGAGAAGCCCUUUGAAUGCAGCGUGUGUGGGAAAGUUUUCAGUUCCAAAUCAUCAGUUAUUCAGCAUCAAAGACGUUAUGCCAAACAGGGAAUAGACUGAGUUGGGCAAAAGCUUUAAUCAAAGGACCUCCAUGAAAACUCAAGUUAGGUUAUCUCCAUCUUAAACGCAUCACCUGGUCAUUACACCUAUUCUGGCUACUACUCUCCUUUCCUGCCUCUGCUACCACAGUGUUUGAAGGAACAUUCUCUACGCACUGUGUUAUAGAGCUGAUGUGGGAUGCCAGAAAUUAGGAUGUGACUUUAAAGACUCAACAUUUUGCAGAGGUUUGUCAGACAAUAGGGACAAACGUUAGGAGGUGAUCAUCAGACACACCUCUUCUCCAAGGCCCCAGGUAUCACUGCACUUUAAAUAACGUGAGGCCAUACCAGGAGGGGAAGGCACACUAAUGUCAGAGCAGCACUGUUGUUUCUAGAACAGUUCUUUUUUUAAAGCCGUUAGUCCCUCUCUCUCAGAGACUUUUUUGGGCACUGACCUUGUUCUGUUAUGUCCCAGCUUCUAGAUCUCUUAAUACUACUACUAGUAGCUAGCACUUAUUGAGUGCUUAUUAUGGGGUAAGCACUCAGCUGAGAGUUUUGCAAGCAGUAGUUUAUUUGGUCCUCUCACCAACCCUCUGAAGUAGGUACUGUUACUACCCACAUUUUUACAGAAGAGCAAACUGAAGUUUAAAGGGGUUAAAUAACUUGCCUAAGGUGACAGCUAGUAAAAGGUGAAGCCGGGUCUUGAAUACAGGUCUCCCUUCAAAGUCUGUUCUCUUUACCAUAAUGCUAUAAGGUUUGUUUUAUAAUUUAUGUACAUGUAUUAUCUCCUCAACCAGAUUGUAAGCACUCGGAAUUGUGACAUACACGUCUUUGUAUCUCACACAGUGCCUUGCAAAUAAUAGGUGCUCAAUAAAUAUUUAUCUGAAUUAAU